AGGAAGGUGAGAGCUGGAAAUUUUACUGAUCAAUUCUUCCACCAAAAAAGAGGGGAAAAAAAACACACAGCACUCUCCCUCGCGUUUCCGCCACCGCCCGUCGGCGAGUCCGUUCUUCCACCGAAAUGCAUAACAGAAUGAAGUCGGUGGGUUGGGGGAGAUCGACCGGCAACCAGAAGGUUCCGACAGUUCUGCCAGUCCGCCGAACGCGGCCCUCUCUAAAGGAAGACUUCCCAUUCUUUGGCAGCUUGGAGAAGAGGGGAAAGGCCGAGAAGAAACCAUCGCAGUUGGAAGGCCGAGAAGAAACCAGCGCAGUUGGAAGAAAGGUGGUGCGGUUGUCGAUUGCGCAAGUGUUGACUGCGAUUUCUCAGACUCAGAAAUCUGUUCUGCGUGAAGCCUACAAGAACAAGAAGUUCUUGCCUCUCGAUCUUCGUCCCAAGAAGGCCAGAGCCAUUAGGAGGAGGCUUAGCAAGCAUCAGGUGUUCGUGGAUCAUGGAUUUUCGUUUUCCUAAUGUCUUGGAUCUCACGCCCUUUACCCUUCAGCAAAGGGUAAAGGUAUCCAAGUUUUUGGCACGUAUGGAUGUGCAGAACUAUAUGUUUGUGCUUUGGAAGACAAAUGCUCUCUGCAUCUUCAAACAUGCUAUGCUUCGAAGAGCUGAAAAGCUUGCAUCAAUACGGAAUUAUGUAGAUGUUGCUGAUCUUGGUUGGAGGGUGGAUACCCCCAUUGUCGAACCUCUGGCAGUGGGUGAAGACCUAGUCCUUCCAGAAGACAUCAGCUCAUUUGUUAUGUGUGAAGAUGCCCUGAAGCACUUUAUAGCAGAUCAGGAGCAAAAAAUUAUAAGUUCCCAUGUUACCAUUGAAGAUAUGCCAGUUUCUGCUGAAGAUGGAGCUAUACCGGGUUUUAAUUACCUGUCUUCCGAACUGAGCGCCCGAUUGACAAAGUUCAUGCAGCUUCAGGAUGUUCACCGUGUACUUUGGGAGAGUUUGAAAGAUGAAGAAAUAGACCUUGUUCUGUCUGGAGUGGAAAAGGGGUUGUUUGCUGCUGAUGGCGAGGACUUUCAUACUCAUGCUAAUGAGGUUAGGUCUGCUGUGAAUCCUGAAUUUGGUGACAGACUCGCCAAAGCAAUCGUGGAGUGGCACUCCUGUUUUGCAUACCCUGAUUCCCUUGCACCAUUGCCUUAUCAGGUUUCUGUUCCAAUUGACUGUGUGCUUCCCUUGCAUACCCUGCCUUGGACUCCCGCUGAGGUUGAGUUGCUGAUAAAAGGUGUGGAGGAGAUCGGGAUAGGCAGAUGGCAGCUACUGAAGGAAAGGAAGGGCCUGUUUCGGAGGCAAGUUUCUAAUAUUGUCAAUAAAUGGAACACGUUGGUGCAGUAUGAUCGUCGUCCCGGCUACUCUCAGCAUCGCGAUGGGUUAAGUCUGCAGCAGUUGCGUCGUGUGAAAGAAGCGAAUGUGGAGAAACCCAAGGAGCCUUGGAAUCAGGGGGAAGUGGAUAAGUUGGUUCGAGCAGUGGAGGAGUAUGGGACAGGCAGCUGGCGGGAUGUGCAACAUCACAUGCAAUCUGUCCGUGGUGUUGCGGAUAUUGAAGAUGAGUGGUGCACCUUGAUGAACCAUCUCAACAGCCCCUGUUAUUUUCUGAAUAUAGGAGCAACUACUACUUGGCAGCUAUUCCGGGUCAGGGCUGCUAACAUUGUGAAGAUUGAGCAGCCUGUAGGGUUUAUAUCGGGAACUAUGGAGUUCAUAACAGAGUUGGAUCUUUCGCCAUUUACAUCUAUGCAGAAGAAAAUGGUCAUUCAUUUUCUGUACAGGAGAGAUGUGAAGUGCCAUCUGUUGCAGCUGUGGAGGCUCAAUGCUGUUGAUUUGUUUUCAACCACUCUGUCUAUGAGGGGUGAUAAACUUGCUGAUAUUGAGAAGUGGUUGGAAUUGGGCACAGAGCCACAUGGCGAUGAUGAGGAAAAUCUUCUUACUGAGGAUACCCGGUUUUUUUCGGAUUAUGAAGAAUCACUGUUUAGGAGAACAGAAUUGCAGAAGGAUUCUAUUGUGAGUUCUGAACAUGCUCAUAAUCAGGUUCUGCUAUUUCCUGAAGAAGCUCUUCCUCUUGAUUUGAGUUCUUUAACUCCUGAGCAGUCGGCAAGGUUAACUCAUUUCAUGCAACGUGUCGAUGUGCACAACUAUCUGCUGGAGAUGUUAAAGCUGGACAUUUUCGAACUUGUCUUGUCCCGAUUGGAGGCAAAAAUGUCUGCUGCUUUAGGUCAAGAGGAGAUUGAGAUACGGAGGAAAGAGCUUAAUGAUUUCAGCUCGGUAAUUGACUUUCGUAACAGUGGCACUGGAGCAGAAAAGGACGUCAUUGUCAACAGGGUGUCAAAUGCUAGAUAUCCUGCCGGCUUUGCUCCCCAGAUUCACGAGGUGUUUGUUCCUCUUAUUUUUGUUGAACCAACUGACUCGAAAUGGACAAAUGAAGAACUAGAGCUUCUGAUUGAAGGUGUGGAAGAAGUUGGAAUAGGGAAGUGGGAGCUGGUGAAGGAAAGGAAGAACCUGUUUCGUAGUCUUUCUGCUAUUAAAUGUCAAUGGGAAACUCUUGUAUCGAUUGACAAGGGCGAAAGCUGGCUACUUGGAGCUCUUACAUUUGAGCAAUUGGGUCGUGUCAGGGCAGCCAGCGUUGUGAAGGAUGUGCAGUAGGUUGGUUACUGCUGUAUUUUGUAUUCUUUCUUAUCCAGGUAGCAGUAGGGAGACAGAGGAGAGCCUGUGGAGUGGAGUCUUUGGAAGCUGCAAGUGCUGGAAGGAACAUUGUGGAGAGGAUGGGAUGGGAAGCUAUAGUUGAUUUUCUUUUCUUGUGCAUGAGAUUGUAGUGAAGAGGUUUAGCUUGUAUGUGUGGGGUUCUUGGGAGAGGCGAUUCUGUUGCUCCUUGUUCUGUAUAGAUUUGGUAUAUUCCAAACCUUUAAGACAGGUUUUGUUGCUUUUCUCAGUGGUUUGAAGUACCUGCAACUUCAAAUCCCUUUUUAGAGGAAUUCAGAUCUUACAUUCUAUGUCUUGUAUAAACUUCUAUUCUAAGUUUUGUGCUACUUACUAAUCUGUCUUUCAGUAGAGGCAACUGG